GGUCCAGGGGAAGAGGAAAGGAUGUGACUACAGCCUCUCUGUCGCGUGCCUCAUCGGCCCUUUAAUCGGUCCGCCGUUUGUUUGUGUCCCUCCUGCCUUUUACCGUCGAAAUGGAGCUCGGUGGAAAUUAGCAGGCGUGUACCCCUUCGAGUCCUCACCCUUCCCGUUGGAGAAUGAUCCACCGGCAGGUUAUUUUAUCCCAGAACUUGUACCAGAAUCGGUUCCUGGGGCUGGCGGCCAUGGCCUCCCCGACCCGCAGCAGCCAGACCCGCCAGCGCUGCAAGGAUGCGGUUCGUCACAGCUACGGCCCGGACACCUACACCGUCAAUGGUCUGAACCAGGAGGCCUUCAUGCUGGGGCUGUCGCGCUCCACCAGCGACACCGAUCUGGUCUCCCCGGACGCUCGCUCCACCCUCACCAUCAGCUCCUCCCACUACACUAUAGGUCAGUCUGAAGACCUGGUGAUCACAUGGGACAUCAAGGAGGAGGUGGAUGCUGGAGACUGGAUUGGCAUGUACCUUAUUGAUGAGGCUUUGUCUGAGAACUUUCUGGACUACAAGAACCGAGGCAUCAAUGGAUCUCACAAGGGACAGAUCGUUUGGAAAAUUGACUCCAGCGCAAACUUCAGUGACUCUGAGACGCAGGUCUGCUUCAGGUACUACCACGGUGUCACCGGAGCGCUGAGGGCAACCACACCCAGCAUAACUAUAAAGAAAGGCCCUGCACCUGUAUUAAAGCCAGUGGUUAGUCCUGAAGUCAACCAUGGACUGGGCAACAGGAGACUCAUUAACUUUUCCCUGUCAGACCUCCAGGCAGUUGGUUUGAAGAAGGGGAUGUUCUUCAACCCUGACCCCUACCUGAAGCUUUCCAUCCAGCCUGGAAAGCACAGCAUCUUCCCCUCGCUGCCACACCACGGCCAGGAGAAGCGCUCCGGAGUGGUCUGCAACACAGUCAACCCACAGUGGAGCACCGAGAGGUUCAACUUCGUGUCUCUCCCCACGGACGUCCUGGAGAUCGAGGUGAAGGAUAAGUUUGCCAAGAGUCGGCCGAUCAUCAAGCGUUUCCUGGGGAAGCUCUCUGUCCCUGUCCAGAGGCUGCUGGAAAAACACGCCAUUGGGGAUCGGGUGGUGAGUUAUUCGCUGGGUCGCAGGUUGCCAACAGAUCAUGUCUGCGGCCAGCUGCAAUUCCGCUUUGAGCUGACCUCUUCUAUUCACCCAGAUGAUGAGGAGAUCUCCCUGGUCAUAGAGUCAGCCUGUCCUGAGGGGGGAAAUGCAGCAAAUGACAACCAUGUUGAUGAAGACACACUUAGUGUGGGACCUGACAUGCCUGACCUCCCCCUGGAUGUCCCUCCUGACCCUGAGACCUCUGUGCCCUCAGCCUCCACAGCGGAAGCAUCCACACCUGAGGAGGUCCGUCCUGCUGAGACAGAGGAGGCUGAGGUGACACCAGAGGUGGAGCAAGAAACUGUGGAGGAGGAGAGCACAGUGAGGGAGGAGCCCCCGUCUGUGGAGCCACAGGUUGAGCAGGAGGAGGGGGCCUCGGCUGAGCAGCAGGAGGGGAGCAGUGGAGAGGUGGGAGAGGAGGGAGGAGAGGAGAGGCAGCAGGAUGAAGGAGAGGGGGAGCAGAGAGCAGAGUCUGCACCACCAGCUGAGGAGGAGACGACAGCAGAAGAAAAGGAGGAUGGGGAGGAAACAUGGCCACAGCCAGACUCUGACAAUCCUGUAGCAGUAACAGUAAACAGUGGGGCUGCUACUAUGGAGGCCCCCACAGAGGGAGACACCACGUCCCAGGAGGCCCCUGUGGAACCAGCUGAAGGGGCCCCACAGGAGGUGACACAGGGAGAGGAAAGAAACUGUGUCCCCUGCACCUGCCCAUCCAUCUUCUCAAACUACAACUCCCACGCUCCCUCGCGCCGCAAAAACCGCCCCUGCUCCCUUCCCGUGUCGGAGCUGGAGACGGUGAUCGCGUCGGCCUGCGGUGAACCGGAGACGCCUCGGUCCCACUACAUCCGGAUCCACCACCUCCUCCACAGCCUCCCCUCGGCCCAGCACAGAGCUCCCAGCCAGGAGGACGAGGAGGAGACAGGGGAGGGAGAGAACACAAGCACCACACAAGAUACCAACUCCACAUCACCAACGCUUAAAUCCUCGAAAGAUCAGGACGUGCAGGAGGACGAGGACGAGGAGGAUACAACCCAGUCCCCCUCUCAGGUCCCAGAGUGUCCAGGCCCCUGCUGCCGUCGCUCCCUACCCCGCAGCCUCUCCAUUGAGCGCCUCUCUGAGCUGAACCAGCUCCUGGAGGGUGAGGGAGGAGGAGGAGGACACACAGUGGUCAGGAGGAUCUCUCCGUCCUGCCUGGAGAGCGAGGAGGGGGAUUCCAGUAACGGAGGAGGGAGAAGAGUCGGCGGGAGCACCCACAGACAUCCCGGUGAGAACGAGUGCGAGUUCUGCGACACCUCCUGCUACAGCACUUCCUGCUACAGCACUUCCUGUUACAGCACGUCGUGCUACAGCAACUCGGGCUACGAGGGGAGGAGCCGCUUCUGCAGCCACACACGCCUCUCCUCGGUGGACAGCAACAGGCUCUCCGGCAGCACUGUGUUCUCCUCGCAGGACGAAGAUGAAGAUGAGGAGAGCGCCUUCGAGUCGGUGCCUGACGCCGGCCACACGCCAGAGGGCCAGGAGGUGGGCGGGGCAGGAGGAGAGAGGAGGACGGGGAGAUGGAAGGAGGCCAGGAGAGGAGAGCAGGGGGAACCAGCUGUAGCGGGGCCCAGCGACAGAAACAACAUCGGCUCAGGCUUCUCCCCUCCUGUUGGCAAUCUUCCAGUCCUGCGACCCAGCCAUGACCUAAACCAUUCUCCUGCUGCCACUGACCAAGCCUUACCUCCAAACUGGGAGGCUCGCAUCGACAGCCACGGCAGAGUUUUCUAUGUGGACCACGUCAACCGGACCACGACCUGGCAGAGACCGAACCACGGGGGCAAGUGUAACCAUGGCAUCCCUCGGUCAGGAUCCACACAGCAGAUGGAACAACUCAACAGAAGGUACCAGAACAUCCAGAGGACCAUGGCCACAGAGGAGGACGGAGGGAGCCCCAGGUUGGAGCGGAGCAGCAGCACAGAGACCGAUCCUGAUUCUGCCCCGCCAGGCCCCGCCUCUCCUGUCAAUCACCAGAAGGUCAGCAAUCUCCUUCAGUCACCUGCCGUCAAGUUCAUCACACACCCAGAGUUCUUCACUGUGUUGCACAGUAACUAUGCAGCCUACCGGAUGUUCACCAGCAGCAGUUGCGUGAAACACAUGAUCCUGAAGGUGCGUCGCGAUGCCAGGAACUUUGAGCGCUACCAACAUAAUCGGGACCUGGUGGUUUUCCUUAACAAGUUCGCAGACACUCAGCUAGAGCUGCCGAGAGGCUGGGAGAUCAAGACCGACCCCCAGGGCAAGUCCUUCUUUGUGGACCACAACAGUCGAGCCACCACCUUCAUCGACCCUCGCAUCCCUCUGCAGAACGGCCGGCUGCCUGGCCACCUCGCCCACAGACAACAUCUGCAGAGACUACGCAGCUACAGCGCUGGAGAGGCCUCUGAUGUGUCCAGGAGUCGGGGGGCGUCUCUGAUGGCCCGGCCUGGAAACAGCCUGGUAGCCGCCAUACGAAGCCAGCACAACAACUCACAGCUGACCGCUCCAUCGUACAAUGACAAGAUCGUGGCGUUCCUCCGACAGCCAAACAUAUUUGACAUGUUGCAGGAGCGACAGCCCAGCCUUAGCAGAAACCAUGCACUGAGGGAGAAGAUCCACUAUAUUCGGACAGAAGGAACUCAGGGGGUGGAGAAGUUGUCAUGUGAUGCAGACCUCGUCAUCCUGUUAAGCUUAUUUGAAGAGGAGAUCAUGUCUUAUGUUCCGCCUCACCCCAUCCACCCCGGCUUCAGCUUCUCUCCUCGCUGUUCCCCCGCCUCCUCACCGCAGAACUCUCCUGGCCUGCAGAGAGCCAGAGCUCCAGCUCCUUACCGCAGAGACUUUGAAGCCAAACUAAGAAACUUCUACAGGAAAUUAGAAGCCAAGGGCUACGGGCAGGGACCUGGAAAGAUCAAGUUGCUGAUCAGGAGAGAACACUUGCUGGAGGGAACCUUCAACCAGGUGAUGGCGUACUCCCGCAAAGAGCUGCAGAGGAACAAACUCUACGUCACUUUCCUGGGAGAGGAGGGAUUGGACUACAGUGGUCCAUCCAGAGAGUUCUUCUUCCUCUUGUCUCAGGAGCUGUUUAAUCCGUACUACGGCCUGUUUGAAUACUCCGCCAACGAUACAUACACCGUUCAAAUCAGCCCCAUGUCAGCGUUUGUUGAGAACCAUCUGGAAUGGUUCCGUUUCAGUGGUCGUAUCCUGGGCCUGGCUCUGAUCCAUCAGUACCUGCUGGAUGCUUUCUUCACCAGACCCUUCUACAAGGCGCUGCUCAGACUGCCGACAGACCUGUCUGACCUGGAGUAUCUGGACGAGGAGUUCCACCAGUCUCUGCAGUGGAUGAAAGACAACGACAUCACUGACAUCCUGGACCUCACCUUCACCGUCAAUGAGGAGGUCUUUGGCCAGGUGACAGAGCGGGAGCUGAAGUCGGGCGGCGCCAACCUCCAGGUGACUGAGAAGAACAAGAAGGAUUAUAUCGAGCGAAUGGCCAAGUGGAGGGUGGAGAGAGGAGUGGUGCAGCAGACAGAGGCGCUGGUCAGAGGCUUCUACGAGGUGGUCGACUCCAGGCUGGUGUCUGUGUUUGACGCGCGGGAGCUGGAGCUAGUUAUCGCUGGUACAGUUGAGAUCGACCUCAGUGACUGGAGGACCAACACCGAGUACAGAGGAGGUUACCAUGAUGGUCACAUAGUGAUGCGGUGGUUCUGGGCCGCCGUGGAGCGCUUCAACAACGAGCAGCGUCUCCGCCUGCUGCAGUUUGUCACCGGGACGUCCAGCGUGCCCUACGAAGGCUUCGCUGCACUGCGGGGAUCCAACGGCCUGCGACGAUUCUGCAUCGAGAAGUGGGGCAAAGUUACAUCACUACCCAGGGCUCACACCUGUUUUAACCGUCUGGACCUGCCUCCGUACCCUUCAUACACCAUGCUGUAUGAGAAACUGCUGAUCGCGGUGGAGGAAACCAGCACGUUCGGCCUGGAGUGAGACAGACGAGACAGACAAAUCAACACUGCGUCCCUCUCCAUGUGACACUGAGUGGGUUAAAAUGCGGGGGGGAAACAAAGCAGCUCCUGUGGGCUUAACUCGUCGUAAAGAUACCUGGAUUGUACUCGACAAAGUUUUUGGUCAUGUGGAUGUACGUCACUGUUACGGUACUGUGUGUUAGAGUCUCUCACCUAGCUACGAGGAUCUUUGUGACUGCACCCAGCACUUCGUACACCACAGCAGGACUAUGGUUAUUUUUGUUGUAAUCAUAAAGACUGGAGAACAAGUAACACUACAACAGAUAUAUAGAUCAAUCAGAGUUGCACGUACCAAAAUGAUCAUCCAUCCGAUGAUGAAAAAAUACAGUUAUAGAAGAUUCUGAAAACAAGGCCUUUACGUAAAGUCUAACACAUUAUUAUGAUCGCUAAAUACUUGAGAUCUUAUUGGAAUUUAUCUUUAAAUUUAUGCUUACACCUGGGUUGAAACUUUAAAGUCACAGAAAGGAUUUUAAUGACAAGAGUGAGGCAUGAUAAAACCUACAGUGUGCUCAUAUACUGUAAAGACGAAGAAUCAAGUCAGACAGAAAGCUAAGAGAAAUAUAGACAGAGACUACGACUGCACAAAUAAUGCAAACAGUGCACAUACACGACAAAGCUUCAGGUUUGCCUAAAUGAAAAUUGUUCAGUUCAGAUGAAUCUAUAAAUAACGGCUUUAACAAAGUUAAAGGUUGCAGAUUUUAAAAAGCUCCUCAGAUGGUCGCAAACUCUGUUAGCCCCGGUGCCAAAGGUACAAUCAUGACUGGUUUCUAAUCUGGAGAGCCUACUUCAUUGUGAUCAUUAGGUAUUUUACCUCCAGUAGGAACCUGCCUGAGGAUCUGAGACUGGGAUCUGGUACAUAAAUAAUUAAAGAAAUGCAAUGUAGCUUUGUGCCAGACACCAGCCAUUUAAAGGCUUCAGGGGUGAUCAGUUGAACCUUACAAUCACGUCUAAAACUGUAACUAAUGUAAAGAUGCUUGAAUUAUAAAUAUAUAUAUAUAUAUACAUAUAUAUUGUCUGUUUGCUCCAGUUAGAGCUGCAGAACCAACAGGAGCCUGAAGGAUGGAUGACAUUUUUAGACCACUUAGCUUUUGGGUUGAAGUUCAAGAAAUCAUGACAAAAGAGGGCGAUGAAGGAUUCCUGCACUUUGCAAGGUGAUUGCAAAGAGCUGCUAAGGUAACCAGGAUCUCUACGUUUUAUCAGCAGAAACAGCCAAAUGUGAAGGCAAAAUAUAUGCAGAUGAUUUAUUAAGUGCAGGUAGAGCCCUGUAAAAUUAUAAGAAAAUAGAGCCUAAAUCUGAGCCCUGAGGAACUAUGAGGAUUUCAAUGACUUACUGGGCGUAAAGGAGCUGGAACACUGAAGGGAUACAUCCAUGUCAAUAAUACUGAAGCCAACCACACACAUUGUCUUGUUAUACUCUCAGAUAACUAUAGCAAUUAUGUUUCCUUUUCAAGCAAUGUCAAUGUCUUCAACAAGCUCUCUGUGAUGAGCAGAGACACGAGAGAAGUGCUGAAAGUCUUUCUUUUGCUAAGGAAUAGGAAAGGUCUGACAGUGGAAAGAGGAAUGUAGGGAUACUUCAUUAACAGUUGGCCUGUGGUAUAAUUCAGAUACAGACCACUGACAGCAAAUCCAGGUAAAGGGUGUGGUAUAUCCCCUUCAAGUGUCAGCAACUGCUACAAUACUUUAUCCAGUUCGGAUACUCAAGAAGUAUUGUAUCGUCCAGGAAGGCCUACAUCCAGACCUGCGCCAUCCUAUUCUCUGUCUCCGUCUGGUUCAGUCCAAAGUGAGGACAGUAGCUGGACGCAGACUUUUCAUGUUCUCCUCUGGAUGGACAGCGGUGUUACUGACAAAGAACUCCCGACAGUCUCUCCAAGCUUUCUUGCUCUGCCGUGCUUUCAAAGGCAGAGACAAUGAUGUCACGUCUCCUCUAUCAAAGUAGCCAUCAAUGCCAACUCAAGGGCUCCUGGGAUUCCUUCUGUGGAGACUGAGGGGGGAUCAUGGUGACCAGGCAAACAGGAAGUUCGUUACUCCUCGAUGACAAAGAAUGCACACAUGGAAACUGUCUCCAGCUGACUGAAGGGGACGUUCUAUGAAUACUUUCAGCCCGAGCAGUACUUCACCUUUAGUGAUCCUGCUGUUUGAAUGGGAGAAGCUUGUACCCUUAUUCAAGUCCUCCACUGGUGAACUCGUUCUCUCUGACUGUGUACCUCCACCGUGGUGUUGCUCUGUGUACGGAGCAGGUACUCCACCAUGUCAAACCUUUACUGUCUCAGACAAUGUGACUGGUGCAAAGCAGCAUGUAGGUCUCCAAGGGCCUGGGAUCAUUGGAUCGGCUCCCUGAACCGGUCUGUCCCUUGUGGUAUAUACUUGUAAUGUGUACAGUGGCCCUUGGACAAACCAGUGUAAUAUAUGCAAUAGUUAAGACCUUUACUCCAAUGUGUUCCACAGUCUACCAUGUUCUCUCAGACAAUGACUGACCGCAGUGUACCCUCAGCAUUCCCAGCCCCUUGUCUACAUCUGUAGUCCGGUAAUGGAACUGUGCCUCAGUUACUUACUGCCUCAUAAGUGGCCCAUGGGGUUAUGGCGCUUUGUGGUUAGUACUUGAGCCUGACAUAAGGAAAGUCCUGAGUUCAGAUAUUUGCCUUGGUUCUUUUUGAAAACACUUUGCAUGCUCUCCCAGUGUUUGUGUGGGUUUCCUCUCACGCUUUCAACACAGGUCAGGUUCAUUGGAGACUCUGAUAGCCCAUUUACACUUCGCCACCUCAUGCGUCUUGGGCAGUUAGCUAUCUGAUAUCAAACACGCCAAGUAUAAAUGCAACCAAGAAGCACUAAAGCUGGAUUGAGGUCCGACACAUUUUAGCCAGGUGUUGAAAAGGUAUAGAAGCGUUCAUCUCUCAAAGCCGCAGACAUUAUCUUCACUUCUCCCAGGUGUAGCCACAUAGUUUGUCACUGCAACCAUUGGAUGAUCUGUUUGAUUAAAGGGGAACUCCACUAAUCUUAUACAACAGAGAGUUUCCAUGUUUUGGGGAUGUCUGCUGUUUAGGUGGGGGAAAAAGCUCUAUAAAGCCCUCUAGUGUCUCCAGAGUGUCUGAUAAAUGUCCUAAAAUGAUGUCACUUGAGUCAGGGUAGGGUAUGAAGUUUGAAUAUAAAAACUUGGGGUGUGGGCUGGGCAUUGGCUGGGUAAAUUACGAUACCAGUAACCUUCAAGUGAUACCAAUAUACCAAUCGUGUACUUCAUUCAAGAAUGCAAUUCAAGGUGCAAGAAUGAGGACAAGGAGUUAGCAUUUUUGCACUUCAGGUUCCCUCGUCUUGAAGUCAAUGGGUUUUUUUAAAUGAGUUUCUGGUUAGGUGCCUGAAAUAAGGUCUGUGGUUAGCACAAGCUUAAGAGACUUUCUCAUUUCUACGGCAUAAGAUACGUCACUAUGCCUCAGAUGGGUUCCUGCUGACCCACUUGUACCCCUUGUCUUUGCUUUCAAGUGGCUAAAUGAGACUACAGGACGUCAUCACGCCGAACCUGGCUCUACAGCCUAGUUGUGGUGGUGACGUUGAAGUCAUGCGACCAUGGUGUAUUUUGUUCAAAGGGUAAAUGGACUUGCGCCUUUUGAGUCUUCCAACCACUCAAAGCCUUUUUACACUCCAUGUUAAAUUCAUUCAUCCACACACGGCUGCUACUCAGUUAACCAUUUACAUGCACUUACAAGCAAUUUGGGCAAUUUGGGGUUCAGCCAAAGGAUAUUUCAACAUGCCGGGAUGGAAUCGCCAGUCUUCCACUCAGUGAACGACCCACUGUACCUCUUGAGCCACCGCCCCUCGCCCCAGUGGCGCUUAUAGCCUAACAUUAUCUUUUUACUUCCAGCGAUUACAUUUACAAUUCAAAAAAUAUAACUCUGUGACGAUUAUCUCGGUGAACAAAACAUGUGAGUAUCGUAAACGUUUGUUUGCCACAGACCUUUUUUCUGCAGUAAUCCAAAAUCCAGUUGAAAAAUCCUGAUGGCUUUUUGACGAGGGAACUAGACUGAUGUCAACUUCCGGGUUGGCCUCCACAAAAAUGUCAGCGCCGCUCUACUUUAAAAGAGCUUUGGUUGCCCAACCCUAACCACACUUGAACCAUUGUCAAUUUUCCAUGAUGACAAUCCAUACCAUGGCUGCCAUGUGCAGAUGUUGUUAAUUUGGCAGAUUGUUGCCAUUGGAUGUUAAAAAAAGCAUAAUCAUUGAACUUUAUCUGGGGUUCACAGGAUCGUCCGAUAUCCGUUCUUAUCUGGCGUUAGGGUUUAGAUAUGGUACCCUUGACACAGUUGGUGUACAGAGGGUUAAACGCAUUUGUCUGUUAGCUUUGAGAGAGAUUGACAACAAUAUCCUUCCCUGUUUUUCACCCAAUGCAUGCUGGGAUAGGCUCCAGCCCCUGGCCUUGAACAGGACUAAGUAGUAGUCUAAGUAGGUCUAAGAUGCGACCUUCGAAGUGUUGCACACACGUCCACAGGAUUCGGCCACAGCUGAACUUUUGACCGCCGUUAACCAUCAGCAGCCUGUCGGAUUUCAUGACACAAUCUGGUACUAAUUUCUGCAACAACAGUUGAAUUCGUAAAACUUCUCUUAUUUUCAUUUGAAAGUCCUAAAUGGUGCUUUAUCUGAUUUAUUUGCUGGCUACAGAAUUUUUCACUUUGGGGCACAGAAUUACAGGAUUUUGCUGAUUAGUUCUUGCAGACCUUUAGACCUCUACGUAUAUGAUUAGUCUAAGUAAAUUUAAGAAUGAUUAGAAUUAGAUAACCGUCCUACUCUCCUGUUAAACUCACUGUACAGGCAGUCAGAUCAGAAGUACUUUAGUCAUCCUCGGCGAGGCCUUACCCACGCACCUCGACGACCAAGAGGACAAGGCUGUGAUUAUGUUGCAUCUUCCCUGUAUUUUUUUUUCUACAAUCUUUUGUACUGUUAUUUAUACUGUAUUGUAUUUAUAAGUGAGGGGAAGUCCUGAAGCUUUCCUCAAACGUUUUGUUUGUUUGCAGUUUUUUGAUGAUACGAUAAGAAGCAUCAGUCAAAGAGUAUGCCUUCACUUUGAAGCCUUUGCGUUUUGAUAUGUGUGUCUUUUCUAUUAUCUCUAAAGCUGGCCGGUUUUCUGUCACUCGGUGUAGGAAAUGUGCUGCGGUGGAGCUCGGUUCUGUUUCCAUGUAUAUUUCUCUUUCUGUUCACCACUUCCUCCGGUGGCGUCGUCAGGUUAUGUCAGGAUUUUUCUUCCACGUCAUGGAUAUCUCACUGUGUCAUAAAUUUCUGAGCCGCAUGAAUCCAGCAAGUGCUUCAGGCAGUUUACCGCAACAAAUGACAUGCAUUAAAAAACACAAAUUUCUGUAUGUAAUUUGUUGAAAAUGUAAAGACUGUAUGGAGGUCUUCGUUUUAUUGGUUGGAUAUUUUGAAUACAUACAUUGUAGAUCUUAAACACGUAGUUCUGGAAAAGAAAUGGUUCACAACACUCCCAUAAUAAACUGAUAUAAGAGUUCAUCAACAACAGCUAUUAUAGAAAUAUUUCCAUAAGCUUUUGGGGAAGUAAAGAAUCAUGGGACGUCUACAGAAAGGUAAGGUGGUGGAAAAUUGUAGCAGCUGUCUGGUGUUUGUGUUUUUUAAGCUAUUUAUUUUCAUUUUUAAAAAGAAGGGAAUUUAAUUUAACAAAGGGACUAUGUGAAUGACUGGAUGGACACUGAAGCAUGCAUAUUUUUUUGUUUUGUUUCUGUGUGUGUGGGUUACACACACGCUGUAAUGUACAUAAUGUUGAAAGGUUCAGUUCUGAUCUGUCUGAGAACGGGUUGCUAAAUACUCAGGCUGUGCUAUCGCUCCACCACACCAUACAACUGUUUAUGAAUCUCAAUAAAAAGUUCACUUUGUUACUUC